AUGGAUGCGACAAAAUUCACAGUUGGCAUUGACGCGAUCACUCUUUGGGUGGGGCCCGUGGUGUAUACCAUGGCGACCACGGCCACGACCACGUCCACGACCGCGUCCGCGACCACGUCCACGGCCAUGCCCGUGCCCGCGCCCUCCACCAUGCUCAACAGCAAAGGCACCCUGUUUAGGUUCGGCGCGGGCACCAGCAGGCCUCACCACCUGCACCACCAGCACCACCACCAGCAACAACAGCAUGCCCAUGUUGUGUCUGCUUCGCAGAUGCAUCGUCUUCUUGGCCACCCGCCGCGCGAGGUUUUGCGCUCCAUGCUGCAGCAAGUUGAAGACACCUCGGACGUCAAGGCCAUCCUCAACUGCAACGAUUGCAACCUCUUCAAAGCUAAGCGCCUUGCUCUGGCUGGCUUCGAUCGCGACCGCACGCCCCGCAUGCCUGAACCGGACAUCGAGCUGGUUGCGUUCAUACCUCUCUUGCACAAAGCGAUACUUGACAGCAAUGUGCUUGGAGCCCGGAGAGUAGGCUCCGUUUGUAAUCAUGUGGAUCGCCGCCUGGUUGUCACUGAACAACACGGGCUUGAAGACGGCGUGUGA